GUGUUAAUAAACGGUUUUGAAUAGAGAACAAUACGUGUUGCUCUUAGCUURGCUUUUGACGAGCACCACUGAUAAAUCUUGUAGUAGCACUCUCGGCUAUCAUUCAAGCURCAAUCAUAAAGCACCACCAGCAGUAUCGAUGCGAACACAAGCAGUACUCUAGCGAAUACCAGGUCUAGAUUUACAAGACAAGAAMGGAUGUCCAACUCGGUUAUUUUCUGCAACAUUCCAUAAAAAUUAUUCGUCUGAAAAGAACUAGUACACGAAAAUCUUGGUGCUGAUUCGCCUUGUUGUCACUGUCACCGUCGGUCUAAAGACGCGAACCGCUUCCUUAAACAGCGAUUCGUUUUGGCUGAGCAUAAGAGGGAAUAGAUCAGACCAGGGAACGCAACUGAUGCCCGCACGAGGACAYUCAAUUUAAACAAGCCGGCGCAGUAUAAACAUYAACUCUUCAUUCCAGACUCAAGUGCUCACUUCAACYGACCGAUCAUCCGAAAGGUGGUGUAUCAUCAGUUACGARAAGAUAUGGAGAAUUCAUUCAAGGACAAUGCSCUCAACCUAGAUUCAUCUGACAUCGUGAUUAAYGCCAGAUAUCGGGGGCAGAGACCUCAARAYCGCAUUAACAUCUCGGAGAGUCAAUCGAGUCAAGGAGGUCAUCGAGAGGGAAAAGGAGAACACGAUGACCAUGAGCGCAGCGCRGAGGACUUUCAAUCCGAAGCGGGAUGCGACAAGAAAUCCUCCAGAAACCAGCGUAAAUCCCGCAGACGUCCACCGUACUCGUACAUUGCCCUUAUAGCCAUGGCAAUCCAAAACUCUACAGAAAAACGCCUGACUCUGGACGGAAUCUGCAAGUUUAUUCGAGAUCGCUUCCCAUUUUACCGUGAGUCGUACCCAUCGUGGAAGAUUUGUAUUCGGAAUAACCUGUCACUCAACGACUGCUUUAUCAAAACUGGCAUCAAGUCRGACGAACCUCUUAARGGAAAUUACUGGACUYUGGAUCCUGACAGCUACAGUAUGUUUGAAAACGGAAGCUUUCUGAGGAGAAAAACUAGGUUYAAACGACAGGCSGAGAGAAACUCGUCGGACCCUAAAGCACUGACGAGUGAGAGUGGAUGCAACUCRUAUACAACCCCUUUUGAUCUCCACUCAAUGUACAUGGGAGGUUCRCUGCUACCUCCUUCCUACUCCUUCAGCCCGAUGGACGCACMGAAGAUCUCUUCACUUCCACCGUACAUACCGCUACAUUUUAUGCAUUCGCCRCAGCUACCACCCUUACUGCCUCCGUACUACCAGCAUAUUAAUUGUCAACAGUGUUCGCUGUGUGAAAGCUCUAAACACGGGCACAUAAACCCUUACGUUAGGAUWUAGUCCUGAAGAACUUCAAGGAUUAAUUGGAAUUUAAACUAGAGGUUCAAAUACGCAUCGCUAAUCAUCCUUAAAAAUGGAUCAAAACUGAAUGGAACUAUGAAUAAACCGUGUGAAAACUAUAUGAAAGAAAGUAUGUUUUCAACUUUUGAAAAAUCUUACUUAGUUCUAAGUUUUUUAACACGCGCUUUAAAGAAUCAAAUAUAAUUAGCCGGGAAAACACACUGGAUAUCGCACUAAAAAUAUCUUAGAUUAUUGACUGCAUGUGWGCCACAAGAUAAACUAAGUACAAUAACUUAAAGCAACCAAUAAAUAGGUAAUGCUACGAAUACAAAAAGUUACAAGAGUACAAGAGUAAAUAGUUACAAGUAUAUAGAGGUAGGUACAUUCAUGACGAUAGGUAUCCUGGCCAAGAUGAUAUCUCAUGCAAUAAUACUUUUAUUCAGUUCGUACAUUAAUGUAAACAUAGCGCUCGAAAUCUUGCCUCUAAAACAAUUAAUAGAGAUGCAUAAAAAUAUCAAUGUUAUAUUAUAGAAAGUUCUUGAACGAGAAUUGUGCCACUGAAGGCUAUCUAGGCUAAGGAAAUGAGCGGAUCUAUCUGGUUGUCCUAGUUUAACAAUAUUGGUGAAUUUGUUAUCUAUAUUAGAUAGAUUUUGAAUCAAAACCAAAGRAGUGGGCAGUACAAUGUGCAGAUUAGCUCAGGAUGUGUAGGACAUUGUUAUAAACGACUUAGAUAUCUGUAUAUAUGGAUGUGUAUAUUAAAGAAACAACGCAGACAAACCCCAA